UGGGGAAAAACCAGGAAAAAAUGGGGAAAAAAUCAGGAAAUGUGGGAAAAAAGGCAGAAAAAAAUGGGAAAAGGGCUGGAAAACUGGGCUGGAGAAAGGUCUGAAAAAUAGGGAAAAAGAGGGGCAAAAAAACACGGAAAAAAUGGGAAAAAAGGGGAAAAAAAUGGGAAAAAAGGGCGAAAAAACACGGAAAAAAUGGGGAAAAAACAGGAAAAAAUGGGAAAAAAGGGCGAAAAAACAUGGAAAAAAUGGGAAAAAAGCCAAAAAAUGGGGAAAAAACCAGAAAAUGUGGGAAAAAAGUGCGAAUUCCCUGGAAAAAGGCGGAUUCCCGUUGCCGUUUCAGGAUGAUCCCGGCCCCCAGCGCCUCCUUCUCGCUGUCGGACCUGGCUCCGGGCCGCGAUUACGAGCUCUGCGUCCUGGCCGUGUUCUCGGACUCGCGCAGUUCCCUGCCGGCCACGCGGCCUCUGGGAUGUUCCCGCUUUUCCACGCGGCCGGAAUUCCGGCCCUGCCGCUCGCUGCAGGCGCAGUUCCUGGGCGGGACCAUGAUCAUCGUCAUCGGCGGCAUCAUCGUGGCCUCGGUGCUGGUCUUCAUCUUCAUCCUCCUGAUGAAGUACAAGAUCCACAACAACCACCCCAAAUCCAAGGGCAAAUCCAACGUCUGCUCCCAGACCAACGGAUCCCAGAGCGGAUCCAUGGGCAGAUCCAGCUCCAAGCUGGGGGGGAGCUGGCAGCAGCUGGAAUGUUCCGGAAGCGGCGGCAAAGGGAGGGGAGGGGAGUGGGAAGGGGAGAAAGGGGAAGGGGCCGAGGUGGGGUCGUGA